AUGUUUGUUACUGCACCAAUAGCGAGUAUUACUGUCACAUUAAUUCUCUAUCUUUUACAAGGCGUUGUUCUUGGUUUAUCAACUUCCAUUCCUGUGUAUCUGAAAAGAGCCGGUGCUAGUUGGAAACAGCAAGGUCAUUACAGUCUCGCACAUUAUCCAUUCAGUAUAAAACUAAUCUGGGCGCCAGUCAUCGAUGUUUUCUACAUUCAACGUCUCGGACGUCGACAAACAUGGCUAUUACCUGUACAGGCAUGUCUCGGCGUUGCUUUGAUCGCGCUUUCCUUUUAUAUUGAAUCAUUUAUUGAUGGAUUGCAAGUUAUUCUGUUAACAAUAUUAGUCUUCAUUGUGCUUUUUUUCACUGCCACUCAAGACAUAUGCGUGGAUGGAUGGGCGUUAAAUCUUUUUGCUUCAACAAAUGUUGUUUGGCAAUCAACAUCGCAGACUAUUGGACAAACGUUUGGUCGUUUUCUUGGCUCAUCAUUCUUAUUAACAUUUCGAUCAGCUAAUUUUACCAAUGAAUAUAUUCGUCAACCAUUAUCAAUUCCUCCUGCUGAUACCGGAUUGUUCACUUUGGCACAAUUCGUGCGUUUUUGGGGUAUUGCUUUUCUCGUUGUAACAUGUAUUGUUGCCUUUGUUUAUCGACAACGACCAUCCAAUGAGAAUAAUAAUGACAUUGGUCCAAGAUUGAAGUUAUUUGAAAUAUAUUUAUCAAUUCUGAAAAUCCUGAGAAAGAAAUGUAUGUUGGAACUGGCAUUCAUACUGUUGGUUUCUCCUUUUGGUUAUGCCGCAACUUACUUCCUGACAAAUCUUGCUUUAAUUAAUAAUGGUAUGUCUGAGGCAACUCUUGGUCUGAUUACAAUGCCAAUCAUAUUCGUCAAAAUUCUCGUGCCAUUAAUUCUUUCUCAAACUCAUCGACCUUUGAUCUGGUUCACACGAUUAUAUCCACCUCGGUUAAUCAUUUCAGUGGUCAUCGGUGUCUAUGUUUUCUUUACUCCUCAGUUAAUCAAAUAUCCUCGUGUUUUCUAUUCAGUUUUAAUUACAUUAUUCAUUAUCAACGAAACCAUUAUCUAUUUACAACUUGUUGCUCGAGUUGGUUUUUAUGCACAAGUGAGCGACCCUCGUAUUGGUGGAACGUACAUGACAUUAGUAAGUACACUUGGAAAUAUUGGACAAACAGUAUCGAAUAGUGCUGUAACGUACGCAGCCGAUUGGUUACCGAAACAACAUUCCUAUUCGAUUGAAGUUGCCGCUUGUACGAUCAUUGGUAUUAUCUUUUUGUUAAUGACAUGGCGCAUGAUGCAUCGAUUACAACAAAUACCAAGUCAUAAAUGGUAUCUAACGCAGGAAAACGGUAGACCAGUGGAAACGAAUACACAGGAAUUAUUAGCAACGAGAGGAACAGAGAAAAUAUAA